CGUUCAAUCGAAAUCGUAUCCUUCAGUUUCAUUUUUUCAUUGCAGUGUUGCAGUUGAUGUUUGUAGGCUGUUCGGAUUGGGACUGGCAAUUCGCUAUUUCCUUCGUUCUGUAAAAAAUUGAUUCUGAUACGGCUUGAAGUGAUGUGUGAAAUGAUGAUAGGUGUAAAGAUGAUAAGAUUUAGGGCUCUGAAUUUGAAUUAUUAACAUUUGAAAUUAGUUUAUAUCCAUGCCAGUAAUAUGCCAACUAAAACAUCCAAGAAGGUUGUUGGUAUGAUAAUUCGCAGCAGGAAAACAAUUUUAAAAGACAGUGUUAUGACUAAUUCUGGUGUGGGGGAACCCAGUGUUUAUCAUGCUUUAAUCGUCAUAUUUUUGGAAUUUUUCGCAUGGGGCCUCCUAACUAUGCCCAUUAUACAGACACUAAACGACACAUUUCCGGACCACACAUUACUUAUGAAUGGCUUGAUCAUGGGAAUAAAGGGACUUUUGUCCUUCCUCAGCGCCCCUCUGAUAGGAGCAUUGUCCGACGUAUGGGGUCGCAAGUUCUUUCUCCUGAUUACAGUAUUCUUCACAUGUGCACCAAUACCACUCAUGACUAUCAACACAUGGUGGUUUUUUGCUAUGAUUAGCAUAUCUGGUGUAUUUGCAGUCACUUUCUCUGUGGUAUUUGCUUAUGUUGCUGACGUCACUGAAGAACACGAAAGGAGUCUCGCUUAUGGGCUGGUCUCUGCUACAUUCGCAGCCAGUAUGGUGUUUUCGCCAGCUCUUGGAGCCUACCUCAUGGAAGCAUACAGCGAGAAUUUCGUCGUAGCGCUAUCUACUGCUAUUGCAUUGCUCGAUGUCUUCUUACCAGAGGCAGGCCAGUAUUCCUGUAUAUUUGUUUACCUGAAACUAGUGAUGGGCUUUAGUGUAUUUAUGGUGGCGGUGUUCAUAGCCGUGGUUGGUGUACUGUCGGUGUGCGCCCAACUCAUUCUGGGCUUCCUAAUGAGAACGCUGGGAGGCAAGAACACCAUUAUAGUCGGACUGCUGUUCGAAAUGCUGCAGCUUAUGUGGUACGGCUUCGGCUCUCAAACCUGGAUGAUGUGGGCUGCUGGCAUCCUCGCAUCAGUUUCCAGUAUUACAUAUCCAGCUAUCAGCGCAUUUGUUUCAAUGCAUUCUGAUGCAGAUAAACAAGGCCUUGUACAAGGCAUGGUUACCGGCAUGCGUGGCCUGUGCAACGGUCUUGGCCCCGCCAUGUUUGGUGUGAUAUUCUACCUAUUCCAUGUUGAUCUCAACGAGGAUAACCACUCCAGAAAAGAUACUGGAGAAAAUGUUACCGCUGCUCUUCAAGAUAAUAUACCACAGGAGCCUGACUGGGGUGUAGUAAGACAGCUUAUACCUGGACCACCGUUUGUGUUUGGGGCUUUGCUAGUGAUAUGUGCUCUACUUGUCGCCGCAUUCAUACCUGAUGGAGUGUCCGUGGGAUCGAAUCUGCGAACAAGCACUAGACGGCAAUCAGGUCUGUCAAUGGAAAUCCAUUACGAAAUGGAAAGAAACAAGAAGCAUGAUGGAAUGAGUCCUCUCUCGCCAUUAGUUGAAAACAUGGCACUGCUUUGAGUAAAUCGCUGCUGAUCAUCUACUUUCUCGCUGAGUCAUUUCUGUGAAAGACAAAUUUUUGUGAAGCCUCCAUUGUUUUCGACUGUCUGAGAGUUAUGCUAAGACUGCUUUUUAAUUGUAGCGACAGAAAAUUCUAUUGUCAUGUAAUAAACUUUUGUAAAACGUUGCAGUUCUGAGGAGAAUGGUAUAAUGAUUGUUACGGAAAACCAAAUUAUAUAGGAAACGAUUAGUCGACUAAUCACGUGUAAUGUACUGAUCGCUUAUAAACCAAAGCCAUUUCUCAUUUCCUAGCCUGAAAUUUGUUUUUUGUACCAAUCAUUGAUAAUAGUAGUAUACUAUUUAUUGUUGUUGUAAGUGUAAGUUCUAAUUGUAAUUACUUACAAUCAUUGUGAUAACGUUCUAGAUGUAAACUAAUUGCAAAAUAAUGAUAAGUUCUUCUGUGACCAUGGCAAACCCGUUGAAGAACGCUAAGCUUCGUUCAUUGUUAUUAAGAGGAUAUUGAGGUUUAGGUAACUUCAGGGAAAAUUAGAUUCAAUAAAUAAUCUGCUGCUGAAAGGCAGAAUGCAAAUUUCAGAAUUGGAAUAUUAUUAGUAUUUUUUAUGUGAAUUCAUGAAGAUGACUACUUAAUAACAUAUUUCAAAACUUGGAGAUUACCGUAAUCCAAAAUAUUACGCCAACGAAUUUUUCAAUGCAAUAAGUAUUUAAUUAAAAUAAUUUUCUAUUGUGAUAAAAAUUCUAAUGUUGCCUUUUGGUUUUGGUUACUAUAAAUAACUAAACUUCAAAUCUUUUUCAAUUUUUCCAAGUUUUAAUUUAAAGAACGUUCAUCAUUUCCACUUUCAUCACCAUCAACUGUUCACGAACAAAAUACAAUUUGUAGGUGAAAGAACAAAAUCUAUCCAAUGAAACACAUUUAAUAAAAAUGAAAUCUAUAAAUAUGUGAAAAAUAUUAAAUCUAUUCUAAUCCAAUCCUUACAAAUGUCUCUUGCAUAAAUCUAAUUUGAAAAUCAGGUGGAAUGAUGAAGAAACAGAUUUCUUGCGUAAUUUAAUUUAUGGAGAAUGAAUCCUAAUCUUAAGAAAACAGUGAUUAUUCAGAUUAUUUGGCAAGGUAGUGUUGAAUGUUCUUGAAAUACUUUUUCUAUAAAUCACUUUUAUAAAAUCGGUUUUCAAGUAUAUCGAUUUAAGUAACUUUUGACUAGGUAUCAAAAAUAGAAUUUUGUAGUACUUCAAUUGAAGAGAACUACUUACAUUGUAUCAAGAUUUUUUUAAAUUGUAAAUUUAUCAUCAAGUAAACUUAGAGCUUGUGCUCGAUUAAAAAGUGUGCUAAUCGUAUAUAAAUGUAGUCAUACUUUUCUUAUUCAUACACAUUCCAUCUCGUUCCCAUGUAUUUUCAAGGUACUUACUCUAAGGAGAAACGGCUUCUUUGUAUAAUUUUAAAGUUGAUUCGUUGGAUAAUAAAAUUACAUACCGGAUUAUUGAAUUGUUGAUACAGUGAUGAGAGAGGUCGGUUGUUUGAAAUGUUUCAAGUAAAUUAUAUAAUAGAUAGUUUAUGUAAUUUAAUUACAAAUUUCUCGUUUUUCAACUAAACUAGUUAGUAACUAACGUAAUUGCCCUGUACAUUUUGUGAUCUCAUUCAGAUCUAGGUGGGAAUAUGUGUCUAGAUUAUUGUUGUCUGUUGAUAAGAAAGCUAUCUUUAUUUCUAAUUCUGUUUUUUUUUCAUCUUUUCUGGUGUAGAAUCAUUUCUUUUUCCACAAAGUGUAUAACCCCAAUUGACAUGAAAAACGUGCUAAUGCUCUAUUUUUUCUAAAAACAAAUUGCAUCCGCUAGUUUUUUGGAAGAACCUCGAAAUCUAUCUCAGUGGACUCAUACAAGUGUUCAGUUAUUCAAUGAAAAUGUAAUAAAAUGCAUAAAACUCUUGCCUUCAAUAUUAUUAUUGAUGGAGGAAUUUAUUAUUUCAAUAUUUCCAAUACCAGGAUGAAUUAUGAGACAUGCCUGAUUUCUCGGUCGUUCAAUAAACAACGCUAUUAUAGCUAUUGAUUCAAUGUAUUGAUUUUAUGUAUUCAAUAAAUUUUUAUUGGUUUCUUGAACACAUUUAUAGAAUCCACAGCUAUGUAACGAUUCAUCUGUUCAAUGAAUCUGGCAAAAUGGCAUGAUCCCAAACCUGCCACUUUCGUAAACAAACUUAUGAUAAGUUUGAUGUUAUGGUAACGAUAAACGACAACCAAAUCUUGGUUGUUUAUUCCAUGCUGAUUGUUGUAAGGUAGGUUAUUUCCUACGGUAAUGACAUCUUUUGGCUGAUCUCUCCAAAAAAAGAAAUGACUGAAACCAUAUAAGGGCUUGCAAUGCUAAAAAUAGUGCAACUUUGUAUCUGUUUAAUUUUUCAAAUACUGGUGACCUACACUUAAUUUUUCGAUUGCAACUAAAAAUUUGAUUCAUUCCAAAAAUUUAGAUUUCGGCAUUAUAGUUUAUAAAGAGAUUUAUGGAUUCAAUAAAGUUAUUGAAUGGAUAAGUUAAACAGUUUAUGGAACGACUGAGAAACCGGGCUAAAGUCUCAUUGUCUUCGAAUGAUUGAUUGCAUUAAAUGUGAAUAAAUUUGAAAGCAUUAAAAGUAUUUCUAAAUCGUCGUUACAUAACUGUAACUGUAAAAUGUUCAACUGGUUGGUUGUUGAAUGAAAAAUACUUUAUAUUGUCAACAAUUUUUUUGCUAAAAGUUGAUUUCAAUCCUUCAAAAGCUAGAAUAAUUAAAAAAAUGACUAUUGCUCCAAGAUUUCUAGAUGUUUUACUCUAUCGAAUAAUAUAUUAUUGAUUAUAAUAUUUGUUUACUGUACUUUGAACAUCCUGGUCCAUGGAAUAAGAAAGCAUGGAACUGCCUUCUGUCUCUUCCUUCGAUUAUUUCUUCCAUUUUCCAGUUUCAUUUCCAACAUUUAAAAGCAAGGUUUUACUGAUAUGUUUCAUCUGACUCAAAUUCGAAGUAAUGUUUGUUUUACUGUUCUAGAGUUGAUUAAAAUAGGAAAUUCAGUUUUCUAAAUCACUAGCCUGUUUUAUAAACAUUCAAGACUCGAAAUUAAGGUAAACUCUAAACAUAACAAAUGAUAAUAAUUUACUUCGCAGUACUAUAUCCAUUUGGAGUAAAAGGAACGCUAUCCUAUUUUAGCCAUAAAUAAUUUUAUUUUCUAUAAGUUCAAUAUUAUUGUAUAUUCAUUUAUUUAUUUUCAGUGAGCAGCACUUUCCUUUAUCACUUCUAUAUAGCUUUAAAUUACACCUUUUAAUAAUAAACAUCACUUGCAUGAAUUAUCCUAAUGACUAUUUUUAUUUAUUUCAUCAAAACUAAAAUCACUUAAAAUUAUUGGGAGAAAUCAAUGGGUAAUAUGUUCAAUAAACUACGAUUUCCUCAUCAUCACUGGCAUGAAUUUACUUAUACUACUGAAUAGCUAUUUAUCAUCUGUAUCAUCUCCUUUUCAACUUAUUAAGAAAACAUUCAUCUUUAAUUUUCUAAGAGUAAAGACUCAAUUUUUUUCUAUUAUUAUAUUACAAUUGCUGUUCUUAAUAUUCCUCCUGAUAAUUCAACAUUAUUAUUAUGUUUUUCUAUUUUUAACAUCCCAUUGUUUAAACUCUGGAUUCUGAGACACUCAGGAACGAAUAAGUUUGUGUAUUUCUAACUCUAUAAUGUAAAGAAUUCCAAUAUAACUUAUGAUCAUCUUAUAAUAUUGAAUGAUAUCAGCAUAUAGGAAGCAUCCGCGAGUAUGCUUUAUAAUAUUCUCAAGUUUCCCUCGAAAGAAUUUCAGAGAGCAAUUUUUCAGUUAAAAAUUGUUCUUCAUACAAAUAUGUGUCUUUUUUCAUUGAACAGUUUGUUGAAUGUUAUAAAGCGAAUAUUGUAUUAUAAAUCUCUUGUGAAUCUAGUCCCUCCAUUGUUCAAAUUGAAAGCUAUCUCUGUAUUUAUAUAUAUAAGCCUUACUCUAAUUUCUAUACUCAUCCAUAUUUCAUCCAGUUCUAGGCUAUAUUUUUAGAUAAUCAAUUGUUAUCUUUGAUAAUAUUGAAGAAUCUUGUUUUCUGUUUGCAUAAGAGUGAAAUGUUUACGCUAUUAAGUUGUACAAAUAAAAUUUGAACUUAU